AAAACAACCAUAUUUACAUGAAACAGAACAUGUUCUAAGACAUGAAUACAUGAAUACAUGAAAUCAGAAUGAAAGAACAGACACCAUUACUCCAAAAACAAACUGCCUUUAAAACCCCAUUUCAACACAUAUUCUUCUACCAACAUUCAUUGAACCCUAAUAAUCACUCAAAACAAUCAAACAUAAAAAUGCAGAUUAUCAUAGUCACAAACUCCAACCAUUUCCCCCUUGAAAUAACCCAGCAAGAACCCGUCCUAGAAAUCAAACAAAAAAUCGCGGUAAACCUAGGCAUCCCUACACCCUUACAAACACUUUCCAUCUUAGGAUUUGAACUCAUCGAUGGCCUCGACAUGGAUGACUACCCCAUCAUCCAUGACGGUACUAACAUUGAUCUCACUCUCAACAACAACUUCAACCCAGAACACGACUUAUUAUUACCUUGUAGGAUCCCUAUCACAAUAAAAUUCUCUUCUAAACAGAUCAACAUAGAAGUAGACAACAUAUCAGAAACAGUCAGAAGUUUAAAGGAGAAAAUCCACAUAAUUGAUGCUACUCCUAUAAAAAGGAUGUUACUCUACACUUCAGGUGUUGAAAUGGAGGAAGAAUAUCGAUAUCUGAGUGAGUAUGGGGUCACUGAAUACUCUGAGAUUACUGUUUUUCUCAAGAGUAUGAACCGGAUUAAGGCUGAACCUCCCUGUAGGAAGGUUAGUAUGGUGGUUCAGACAUCGAAAACUUUGCUUAAUGCGGCGACUAUACCCUUGGAGAUGAAGGAUACAAGUACUGUUAAUGAGGUCAGACAAUUGCUGUUAAGUAGGAAGAUUCUGCCUAUGGAUGAUUAUAUUUUUAUCCAUAAACAGAGGAUUAUGCGCGAUAAUUGUACUCUUCGUUGGCAUGGGGUUGACAAUGGGGAUUAUCUCUAUGUUUUUAAGGGUACAAUUAGUAAAGAAUAAACAUGGAUAUUAACUGCAUUACCAGUAUUAUGCUACUGAUAUGUAAGGAUAAGAAAAUCUUCUAUUAAUUGAUUCAUAAUAAUACUUAUGAAACAAAUAUUGUUUAAGCAUUAUAA